AUGUCGAAUGCUAAUCAUAUAUUCCAAGUAUCACCGAUACGUUCAUUGCGAGAGUUUAUUGAAGGGAAUGAAUGGAGUACACCAAAUUUAAAUCCUAAGGAAUUUGAUAAUGUUCAAAAACAAGCCAUUUCAAAUUUAAUCUAUUUUCAAACAAAUUAUGGUAUUGUUUUCAUACCUUUUCUUUUACUUGUUGGUUAUUUUCGUCCAGCAGCAAUACUUUUAGAUCUUUUUGUUAUUGCUCUUCUCUUGGUUGUUCAUUUCUAUUUAACACGUGAGAAAACAAUAGUAACAGUUCAUUUUCGUAAUCGUCCAAUUCUUAUACUUAUACUUCUUCUUAUUGCUGCUUUUAUGAUAAUCAGAAUGUUUAGUUCUGUUUGGGUAUUUUUAGUUGGUAUUGUUCUACCCUUAACAUUAAUUGUUAUACAUGCAACAGUUCGUAAACCAUCAAUUCAAAAUAAAGCAACGAAUGCAGUUGAAAAUCUUUCAUUACAAGCUUCUCCAAUGGGUCUUGUACUCGGUUGGUUAGGUUUAAAAUCAAUUGAUGAUCAAUCAAAAUCAUCAACGCAAAGCAAAUAA